UCUCCUUCAGGCAUCAAGACUAAAGCUGUGCGCAAAGGAGAUGAAUUUGUCAUUAAUGGAGGAAAGAUGUGGACUACUAAUGGCACUCAGGCAGACUGGAUGUGCCUCCUGGCCAACACCAGCGAUGGCCCUCCACACAAGAACAAAUCCCUAAUCUGCUUACCUAUGAAUCUGCCAGGCGUUCACAUCGCACGUAAGAUUGACAAAAUAGGCAUGUGGUCAUCGGAUACAGCAGAGGUGUUUUUCGAUGACGUGCGUGUGCCCUGCAAAAAUGUCAUAGGGCAGGAGGGAAUGGGCUUCACGUACCAGAUGCUUCAAUUCCAAGAGGAGCGACUCUGGGGGGUGGCCAAUAUUCUGACGACCAUGGAGAAAGUUGUCCAAGAGACCAUUAAUUACACCAGACAGAGGAAGGUCUUCAAUCAGCCCAUUCUGUACCACCAGGUCGUUCACUUCAGGCUGGCUGAGCUGCAGACAGAAAUCGAGCUGUUGCGCUCCCUUUUGCAUCGCGCCACAGCUUUGUACAUUAAGGGAAACGAUGUGACAAAGCUGGCGUCAAUGGCCAAGCUGAAGGCAGGACGACUGGCCCGAGAGCUCGGUGACAGCUGCCUCCAGUACUGGGGUGGCAUGGGCUUCACCAGUGACGUCCUAGUCAGCAGGUUCUACAGGGACUCCAGGUUAAUGUCCAUUGGUGCAGGAGCUGACGAGGUGAUGCUGUCAAUCAUAUGCAAGUACAUGGACACUCUUCCCAAGAAGUGACAUCACCAAUAUGAGUUCAGUUUGAAAACAAAGUGCCCUUAAAAGGAAAAUCUGACACUUAAUAUAAAUGAAAUACAGUUAUAUCAAUUAUAAAAGCCAUUAACAACCUUAAGAUGGAUGAGUUGUACCUUGCAGUGAAAAAAUAAAAUAAAAAGGUAUUUUACUUGAUGAAGAACUUUAUAUGUAGUUAUAUGUAAUUUAUGUACAUUUAGAUUAUAGUUUCAUAUGAAUGUUUGUUGUUAUGGAUGAAAAAAAAAUAAAGAUGUCAUAAUUCUUCAGUA